AUGGGGCGCGCGGGGCUGGUGCUGCUGCUGCUGCUGCUCGCCGCGCUGGGCGCCGCCGCCCGGGGCCACGAGGGGUCGGGGGAGCCCGGGGGGAGCCCCGCGCCGGGGCCGCCGCUGCUGCCGGAGCGCUGCCUCUUGCCCAAGGUGGUGGGCAGGUGCCGGGCCUCCUUCCCGCGCUGGUGGUACAACGCUACAAGCCGGACGUGCCAGCGUUUCACCUACGGCGGCUGUGGGGCCAACCUCAACAACUUCCUGGUGGAGGACGAGUGCCGGGUGACAUGCGCUGUGGCCACAGAUGGGGAGGACUUGAAUGAGAUUCCGCAGGCCAGCCAGAGAACAGAGCAGAGUGCAGAUGAGUCCUGUGCUGCGCCCCGCCUGACCGGCCCCUGCCGCGCUGCCUUCCCGCGCUGGUACUACGACCCGGCCGCCCGGGCCUGCAGGCAGUUCAUCUACGGGGGCUGCAAAGGGAACAAGAACAACUACCUGCAGGAGGAGCUGUGUCUGCGCCAGUGCAGUGGGGCCGCAGGGGGUGCUGAGGGGCCCGAGCCGGGCGUUCACUCCAGCAGAGUGGUGGCCCUGGCCGUGCUGCUGGCCAUCCUCGUCGCUGUCCUGCUGGGCUCCGUGGUCGUCUUCUUCGUCUGGCUGUGCAGGAGGAACCAGGAGCUGUCUCUGAGUGUUCCCUGGAGCCCCCUGGACGACAAGGAGUACCUGAUGGGCAACGCCUACACGCUGUGAGGCCAGGCAGCCGGCCCAUGGGCUGCCCCUGCUCCGCUGGGCUCCGGCCGGGACCUGGGCCUCGGCCGCGUGUACCUAGCAGAGAGUGACUGGAGCUGGGUGUGUGGGAAUGUCCCUGGGUUAUAAACUCCCCGCGCCAGCAACUGCUGCGUGUUUGUGUCCCAGCCACCCGGGCGGGGCCUUCGCUGCACCCAGGCCUCUUUCUCAGGGGCUUGCUUCCAUUUUUUUUAAACUUUUUUUUACCAGAAUAAUUAGUGUGAAGCCUGCUAGUGGCAGAUGCCUGGGGUCUCAGACACCUGCCCAUCCGUCCGCAGCCAGCAGGGCCUCGCGGGGGCCGUUUCUCUGCUUAACAAGCCUUUAGAAUCGGGGGGUGGGGGGGUUCGGUUGGGAGAGAUUUAAAUAGCCAGCUCCCCGAGUGCCAGCCGCAUGCUGCCCGUGCCUGCCCGCGGGGCCCCGUUCCCUAGAGCGCGGAGCGGCCGCUGGGGGUCCCACCCUGCGGGGCUGCUCAGGGAGUUGGUAGCAGGAUGUCCCCAGCAUGGGCGGUGUCUGGAGCCGGCAGUGCAGGGAUAAAUGCACAGCGGGGGGUGUGUGUGUGGGGGGGGGGAGCUGUGUGCCCCCCAGGCAGGGGGUCUGGAAUUCUCUGAGCAGCCUGCCCAGUCCCCAACCGCCCCCCUGCUCUGCCUCCUGGUGCCACUGACCAGCUGAUCUGCCUGGGGGACCCCAUCUCCCCAUGGCCCCGAGGCACCUAUAGGGUAGCUCCUCCCCAGCGUGGCAGGGACAUGGGGUCAUGGGAUUGGGGCGGCAGCACCGUGGCUGCGGGUGGGGUGGGUGACCCAAACCCUGGCCCUGUAACCUGGCGUAACGCCCUAGGACAGAGCUCCUGGGCUGGAGGGGUCCGGCACUGCCUGGGCCCUGGCUUCCCUGGGGGUAUGUUUCCCCCUUCCUACCACAUGUUUGAGCCGCGCCUAGCCCAGCAGCUGUGGCUGUAGCACUGAUACAGGCAGCCGCUUGCUUGAGACCAAAUCCCUGCCCCGCGGGCUCCCAGGGAUGCUGAGGGGGACCAGCUGGAGUUCCCUCCUGCCUGGUUCUCCCACACCGCUGGGAGUGUGUGGGACACAGGCCCUGUUAACUCUGCAGCCAUGGGGCUGUCACCUGCCCUCAGGGCAGCCGGAAUAGGGGCGAGGGCAAGUCCAGGCUGGGGAUUCUAGCAACGCUGCCCUGUCCCUGCAGAGCCGUGCUCCUGGUCCGUGGUCGAGCAGGGCAGUUCUGGCCUGCAGGCCACUCCACUGGCCGGUACUAACCAGAGCUGGGUGCAGCCCACACUCAAAUGCCUUGCCAUGGCAUAAACCUCAUUGAAACACACUAGGAACCCAUCUGGCUCGGUCUCCGCAGAGUUGGGACUGGGGGGCGCUCACUCCCCACUUUCAGCUCUGCCUCCCCUCGGUGUCUGACGCCAGCCAGCACCUGGGCCCCUAGCAGCUGCCCGGCUCUGGGCAGGGCCUGGUCUAGUGUCUGAGCCCCAUGUCGUGGGUGUCGCUGGCAGGGUCAUUUUAUAGUGUGGGACGUAGAGCUCGCCCGAGUGCGAGGGGCAGAGUCUGGGCACUCGGCCAGGCUAGCUGUUAAAUUUGUUUUUUACACUGAGAUUUCUUUGAAUAAAUGAACAAAGGAAACA